UCAUCAUCAUCGGUGUCUGGAUGAAGAAGGAAUAACGUCAAGGCAAGGCGUGUGGAGUGCCAGCGAGCGAGCGAGCGAGCGAGCAGCCACAACAGCUGAGUGUGAGAAAGAAACCACAAUCUGCACUGACUUGACUCAAAUCUGCAGAUUCUUCCAAUUUGGGGUUAUUGGAGUGGCCUGAUUUUUUCUGGAGUUGAGCAUUAAAUUCAGAAGACUGAAGCCCAGGCUUACUGUCUACCUUUCACGGAGGCCAAGCCGUGAGAGGACAGAGGAAGGAACGUGGCGCAUCAUGACAGCAGAUAAAGAGAAAGACCGCGAUCGGGACAAGGAGAGGGACCGAAGGGACAAACGAGAGAAUGAGCAUUCCAGGCCUCGCCGCAGCUGUACUUUGGAAGGAGGUGCCAAGAAUUACGCGGAGAGCGACCACACGGAGGAUGAGGAGAACGACAAGGACAGUGGUACCACAGAGGACGCCGGGAAGAAGGCGAAGAUAAAGAAACCGCCCAAAAAGAAAUCUCGAUACGAGCGAGCCGAGACUGGUGAUAUAACUUCAUUUGUUACAGAAGAUGAUGUCGUCUACAGGCCUGGAGAUUGUGUUUAUAUAGAAAGCCGUCGUCCCAACACUCCAUACUUCAUCUGCAGUAUCCAGGAAUUCAAACUGAGCAAACGAGACCAUCUGUUAAUGAAUGUCAAGUGGUACUAUCGUCAGUCAGAGGUGCCUGAUUCAGUCUACCAACAUCUGGUUCAAGACCGACAUAAUGAGAAUGAUUCUGGUCGUGAGCUCGUGAUAACAGACCCAGUAAUUAAGAGUCGGGAGCUCUUCAUUUCGGAUUACGUCGACACCUACCAUGCUGCCGCCCUCAGAGGGAAAUGCACCAUAUUGCAUUUUUCCGAUAUAUUCGCUGCCAGAGAGUUUACACCAAGGCCGGACCAAUUUUUUUACAUUCUGGGCUACAACCCAGAGACGAGGAGGCUGAACAGCACCCAGGGGGAAAUCCGCGUGGGACCCAGCCACCAGGCUAAACUUCCCGAUUGGAAGCCUCUUCCCUUGUCGUCUGGCGAGAUGGUGACAGAACAUGAGGAACUGGUUUGGACACCUGGAGUCAAUGACUGUGACCUGCUGAUGUACCUGAGGGCAGCCAGGAGCAUGGCUGCCUUCGCCGGGAUGUGCGACGGUGGAUCCACAGAAGAUGGCUGCCUUGCCGCAUCCCGUGACGACACCACAGUCAACGCGUUGAACACCUUGCACGAGAGCAGUUACGACGCAGGAAAGGCCUUGCAAAGACUGGUGAAGAAGCCUGUGCCCAAACUGAUUGAGAAAUGCUGGUCUGACGAUGAGAUGCGGCUUGCAAUCUUCUGGACAGCUGCAUCCUGUUUACAAGGCAAUUCUGCACCUGGUAGCACAACUAUUGCCAGAGAUGUACAAAAUGAACUGUUCUUAUCUCAAAGGAAGAUUUACAGAACGUGCCACGCCAUUGUUCUACAUUGUUCGAAGUCGCUGCACAUUUUGUUUUCAAAUCAUUUUUGACCGUCAGACUUCCCAGGGACUUUCAAACUGUUUUAUUUGCAUUUUAGUUUUUUUUUUCCGACUGAAAAUACCAAGGGCUUAAAAGGUCUUUCAAAGAUGAUGGCAAUUUGGAGGUAUAAAAUUGUUCGUUCGUUUUUUUCGUGAAUAGCUGGAGGGUGAAUUACAUUAAAUCCCUAUCUUGCCUGGAA